ACAUCAUACAAGAAAAUAUAUUUUUAUUUAUUUUAUUUUAUUUUAUUUAUUUGUAUUUAUUAAGAAAUGUAUUUAGUUGUGUCCUUCCCCGAGGAGGGGUUCAUUUUUACUGUUCCCAACACAUGGAUUGCUUCCAAUAAUAAAUGCUACUGGCCACCUUACACAUCCAAAGAAAAAGUAGAGAAGGCUGCCUUAGCAAAUGAAUCCCCUGACCCCCAGACAUGGACCUUGUAUCCAGUGGUCAUACUUAAAGUUAAAGAAACGUAUAAAAAGGCCCAUAAUUUUUAUAUGAAGGCAAAAAAAGGAGAGUCAUUGGAUACCACCGAUGAUGAUGUGAAAAGAAAAAGAAAGCCAAAUAUGAAAUUUUCCCUGCCCGACUACUCCAGUGAAGACGAUGACAAUCGGAAUCUCCCCCCGCCUCCAAAAAUCCCAAGAGCACCAGCAAAAAAAAAAAACUAUUCCAAAUUCAGAGUUGACCACCGUUACUGCUCUGCCAGUAGCACCACCGCUCUUCCGCUCCAGCCAUGCCGCAUACAGUGAGCCUGGCAGAAGACAUUGUGGAGAAUUGACAGGUCCGACCUUUAUUUUGCCGCCUCCACCACAGCACCCAGCAACAUUUUUCAACUCCAUCGAUGCCGAGUUGACCACCGUUACUGCUCUGCCAGUAGCACCACCGCUCUUCCGCUCCAGCCAUGCCGAGUUAACAAGUCAGACCACCACUCCUCCGUCAACUUCGCCCACAUCUCUGCCAGUACCACCCCAGCAAGAUUUUUACAGACUUGUUCUGCAGCACCUCCGCACAAUUGAGGAGGAGCUGAAGGAGGUGAAGCAGCAGGUGGCGGUCAACACAGCCAUGAUACAGAGACUAGGUGGUGGUGGUGUGGCAGAUCUCGGCCUUGUGGAAGACACCAACAUGCCAUUGAGCAAUGCCGAGGACCUGGACGAGCUGGAGAGGCGGCUUAUAUCUGAUGUGGACCUAAAAAAUCAACUGGUGAACAUACUUGCUAUUUUGGGAGGGAAAACCACCAAAGACGCAGUGAAGAGGAUGCUGGGCCGGGCUUUCAGGAGGUCCCUGGCGCUCCAAAUUAAUUGGACUGGCGCAGCUGGAAAGAUCGCUUUCAAGUCCCUAAACCUGAAGAGUGUGUUGCACAUACAGGAGCCGUUCGGAGAGUGGUAACCACAGCCACUGAAGAGGAGCUUCAAAAAGAAGUCUCCCUGUAUUUGAAGGGGGCGGCUGACAGGGAGGGAGGGAGAAAAGACAGGCAGAAA